AUGGCUCCCCUGCCGCCCCACCUAAUGUUUCUCGACGCGACUAUCCUUAAACCCAUCAACAUUUUCAUGAACGUGAACUUUGCCACCUAUCCCAUCCCCCUACCGGGCGAUGAAGGGCUCACGCGAUACCGACCGCACCUCCUGCACGCUUCGCGGGAGACGCUGAAGGUCUACCUCGACCUGGACACGAUGUGUCCGGAUACUAGCUCGCUGUUGAUCCUAUUGUUACAGGCAGCUAUGCGACUGUUUGCCGAGGAGUCGCUGCAGCCACUAGUGCCCACGGAGCGCUGGCUGCGUCGCAAUAUCUUCUGGGCACUGCAUAGCGCCUCGCGGUACUUUGGCAUCAUGUAG